AUGUCGCCAUUUCUACCUCCUAAGACGUCCAUUCCAAUUCUUACGACUCCUGCAACAACCCAGCAAUCCCCGCAGACAAAGACAAGAAAGCAUUCAUCUGCAGAUACCCACAGAUCCUCUUCCAUAAGCUCGUGGGUGAAGAAUAUAUUACCAAGCCAUCGGCCAGAGCGUAGGGGCACAUUCCGUCGUCGAGGCUAUUGGGAGCAGCAGGAGUUGGGACAAUCUGCACAACACGAGGCGCACCGUUCCAUCCCGGACAAAAGAACCCACAGGAGUGCAACAGUUGGAUCAAAUCACAUCAUGGAAUGGAAUAUGGCCAAAGAUCUCUCUGAAAGCGACGACCUUCGCCAUCACGCCCAGGGAGGCUUAGCCAUGGAUGACGAGAGAAAAUGGAGUUGGGCUUCUGGGGACGAUACCUCACGACGUCGAAGGGAAAUGAUAAACAAGAAGCCAAAUCAGCAGCCUUUGCUGGAAAAUCCAGGCCGAACGAAUGUUGCCAGUGCUGGCGUUGAAAGCUCAGGAUCGCAGCUUCUCUCUGCCACGGAUCUUCAGUUUAUCGAGGCUAAAAGAGAAUCACGUCAGCGUCGACGCAACUUGAAAGAGAGCGGUGAUUAUCUAGGCGUACAAGGGUUCAACCCCGAAACUGGUGAGCUUGAUGUGAUAACCCCGUUAGGCAGUGACAGGAGCAGUCUCAGCCAGGAGACUCGACAGAAGCUUCUUGUCCUGCAGAAUGCUUUGAAAGAUGCUCGGCAUUCAUACAAAAGCACAAAAGAAAAGGGCGAGCAGGAGGCCAGGAUGAUUCUCCUGAAGAAUGAAAAGGAAAAGCUCCGCCGCUUAGAGAAAGGGAAGGACGCAGUCAAAGAUAUGUGCAAAACUGUCAAGUGGAAAAGGCACACACGCCAGUGGUCGUCAGCCCAAGAGCCAGAUUUGAGUCCUAUCGCCCAGUCGAUUUUUGCAACUACUGACACAUCCUGCAGACAAUUAAACGACCAUGCAUCGAAAACCGAACAGCGUAAUUCAAUGUCAAGUCUGAUUGACAUCGAAGUUGACAACUCUGGCGGGUUUCCCAUCCCAGCAUCCAUGUUGCAAUGUGAUCUGAAACUGGGACAUAGCCCUGACUCAACAACUACGGUGGUCCGAACACCACAUCGCCAGAGUCUUGCUGAUUUGGCUGAGCUGGCACCAUCAGCCUGGGAACUCUUCGUGAAUGGUAUAAGUUUCGACAAUUCCGACGAACCCACGCCCCCGAAAGACGUCGAGUCUGAGCUGAAGCCUGAGCCGAAAUACAAGAAAAGGACAGUUACGGUGCCAUUUGACAACUUCUCAAAGCCACACACAGAGAGCAGACGAGACGAAUACCCCUCCCAUCCUCUCGAAAGCGAUAAACCCUAUAGAGAUUAUUGUCAGGCAGCGGGGCAGAAGAACAUUCAACCUUUUUUAGACCGGCGUUGCGAGAGGGAAGAGGACCCUAGAGGGGAGACAGCAAUACGGUCUUUGACAAAGCUAACCAACCAAGCCGAGAAACCAAUCAUAACCUCGCGAAGCGUGGGAUUUCCCCCCAAAAGUAUCACCGAGCUAUUGAAUCAAGACGAGCAAGAUCCAACCCAACCAACAUCUAUGGUUCAAGACCAGAAGUGGAAAGAGUCUGCAAUAGCCACCAGGACCGUGAACGAGGGAUUACCAUCAUGCCAACCAGGGGACAUGACGCUCAGAGAACAAAAAGCAGUGAAAGACACAAGCCCGCGAAAGAAACUCAUGCAGAAUUGGGGUCAUUGGAUUUCAAAAAGGAGAGCAUCUCGAGGUUCCCGAUCAAGCCAAGACGACACAGCGCACAAGCAAGAAUUAAAGCUCCCGCCAAUACCUCACUCCGUUACCGAUCUUGGGCCAAUCCCCAAGAUGUCCGAAAAUUGGGGAAUGGAGUUAACAUCCAGGCUUGGUCAGAAGAUUCCCGGCUUCGGGCAACAGACAAAUUCGAGUUUACCUGCCCACGACAUGAACCUGCGCCAGGGAAUUGGAACCCAAGGGGAGGGCCAACGAGAUCGGUCAGUAGCGAUCAAAGAGACAAGAAGAGACGGGACCAAAGACAAUUCAGCCCACGUGAAAGGGGUGAAUAUGACAACACAAAGUACGAACCCGAAGCAGCCAGUUCAGCACAAGUAUGCCUCCACACCCAUCAUCACCACUACUGGUUACGGCCAACAAGUCUCGCAAGUGAGCUCCCUAGCAAGCGUCAAACAAGAACAAAAGAGCCUUGCGCCACGGCUACCGAAGAAGGACGCGAAAGGGAUGAUAUCAGGCCUGCCUCUAACCAACAGAUCCAAAGGCAACUUGGGGGGCUAUGUAAUGAAAACCUUGUGGAAUCCAUUGCCGAGCAUGGACCAUGCAAGUUACAGUAUCGAAGCAGAUACUAUGUCGACACAAAUCCAGAUACCAAUGAACCAUUGCAUCAAGAGGAGCACCGUGCCCGUACCACCAAUUGCCAGAGACGCAACAACGGCAAAGGUGUGGUCAAAACCCACACAACUGGUGGCCCCUUCAACAGACGGCAUUGGUCCCAAGGAGAUUGUGCAUCACAGCGAAGAUGUGUGUCCCAAAACGUUAUCCAAGGGCAUGAGGGCAUGCGAUGCAAAUGCACACUUAAAGGCGAGGCCGCUACUUCGAGAAGGUAUCCAGCCCAUGGAAGUUCGGCCAAAGCACGACGAGGGAAGCGGCUUGACUCGAGGACCAGGAAGCUUUCCGGAUCUAUGCCAAGAGGACGGCAGGGACAUUGGCUGUCAAAGCUCCUCCAGUGGUAGCUCAAUCACGACUUGGUGGUCCCAUGUUGCAUUUAUAGAGUACUUGAACAUGGUAAGAUGCCAUUUGCUAGCAUUCUUUUUGUUGUACUGGGAGAUUGUUGGCCCGGUCUUCAGGUCGAAGUCGGAAUACUGGGCCAGACACAGGAGGCAUGAAUCAACUUUAGCCGACUGCUUUGCUACAAUGCUUGCUCUGCCGGGAGCGAUUGUCGCCAUGAUGGUUCUUAUUUAG